AUGAAUUCCUCCUCUUCGGUGGCUCAAUUGCACAGCCCCUGGAGUGAUUCAGAUGGCCCUGAUCAAGCUUAUGAACAAAGUAUGGUAAUUCCAAACAGAUUCAUCACAAUAGCCGAUAGCAUCGACAAAAAAGAACAUUCCUGGUUUGCCACUUCUCAAAUCCCAACAGAUCUAUUAAUUCAAGUUCAAGAUGUCACCUUCAAUGUUCACAAGUAUCCUUUGGUGUCAAAAUGUGGGUACAUAGGCCGACUGGAACUUCAGCCUUCAAUAUCGAAUUUUGGGUAUGAACUUAAGCUUGAGAACUUUCCAGGAGGGCCAGAAAUUUUCAAGAUCAUUCUGAAAUUUUGUUAUGGUCUCCCAAUAAACUUCAGCCCUGAAAACAUUGCUCCUCUAAGAUGUGCAGCAGAAUUUCUAGAUAUGAGUGAAGAAUAUGAAGAUGGAAAUCUAAUCUCCAAAACAGAAUCAUUCCUAACAUUGGUGAUCCUUUCUUCAUGGAAAGAAACCAUUACUGUUCUCAAAUCAUGCGAAACUUUAUCUCCGUGGGCUGAAAACCUUCAAAUUGUCAGAAGAUGCUGUGAUUCAAUUGCCUGGAAGGCUUCUAGAGAAAAUUCAACAAACAGAGACAUCAUUAAUGAAGAGGGAUGGUGGUUUGAUGAUGUCGCUACCCUUCGGAUUCAUCAUUUCACAAGGAUUAUAACAACAAUAAAGGCAAAAGGUGAAAAACCAGAGGUAAUUGUAAAAUGCAUCAUGCAUUAUGCCAAGAAAUCAUUGCCAGGCAUGGAAGUAGAGUUAGAAGGACUAAGGGCAUACGGGCAUGGAAAGAAUGAGCUGCAGUUCAGAAUUUUGAAUGCAGGAAAGGAGGAAGGUGGGGUUGGACACAAAGAGCAAAGAAUAAUUAUUGAAAGCUUAGUGAGUGUGCUUCCUCCUCAGCAAGAAGCUGUUUCUUGCAAGUUCUUCUUGCAGAUACUGAAGAUGGCAAUGGUGUAUUCUGCAUCACCAGCUUUAAUUGCAGAGCUUGAGAAGAGAGUAGGAAUGAUGUUAGAAGAAGCCAACGUCAAUGAUCUUUUGAUUCCUAAUUAUAAGAAUGAAGAUCAAGGGAAACCAGUCAAUUCACCUGAACAACACACAAUGCACAACAUCGAUGUGGUGCAAAGGAUUGUGGAAUACUUCUUGAUGCAUGAACAACAGCAGCAGCAAAUGCAACAAAAAUUUGGUAAAACUAAUGUGAGUAAGCUCUUAGACAAUUACCUUGCUGAGAUUGCCAGGGACCCAAACCUUUCCAUCACCAAGUUUCAGGUACUGGCUGAAUCCUUACCAGGCAAUGCUCGAACAUGUCAUGAUGGUCUGUACAGAGCCAUAGAUACCUACCUAAAGUCUCAUCCUUCACUACCUGAACAUGAACGAAAAAGGCUGUGCAAAAUAAUGAACUGUGAGAAACUGUCGCUUGAUGCAUGCACACAUGCUGCACAGAACGAUCGAUUGCCUCUAAGAACUGUUGUCCAGGUGCUAUUUUCAGAGCAAGUGAAAAUGAGGACAGCAAUGCAAGGGAAGGAUCCAGCACCAGGAGGUGAAAAUUCUGAACAAGAUGAAAACCAGUCACCUACAAGUGCAGAGAUAAAGAACCUUAAAGUUGAACUUGAGAAUGUAAAGACGAGAAUGGCAGAGCUACAAAGUGACUAUUCUGAGCUGCAACAAGAGUACGAGAAGCUAAGCAACAAACAGAAGAUCAUAACAGUAUGGAGUUCAGGUUGGAGGAAGAUCAAGAACUCAUUCCAUUCAAAAAUUGAUGCAGAUGAAACUGGUGACCAACAACAAGGACCCAACUCAACCAGUGUCCAAACCAGCAGCAGAAGAAGGCAGUCUAUGGCCUAAAUAUCACAAAUAUUUCUACAUUUUCUGUAUAAAAAAAUCUGUUUCUAUAGCAUCUCUUUUAGAAAUAUAUAGCCAAACUCAAAGUUUGUACUUUUGGAAAUAUUUUUCAUGUUAAUUAACAUAAAUAAAGCUCAAUCUUUGCCAUA